AUGAAAUUGAAUCACAAGGUGCUGAACAUAGUCGUGCCUCUGAUAACACUCACUGUAUUGGUUUUCUUUCUGCCGCCAUUUCUGAUUUACAAGUUUCUCCGUUUCAUAUAUCGGUUAAAAACCAUUGAAAAUGUCGCUGGAAAGGUUAUCCUCAUUACCGGAGCAUCUUCAGGAAUCGGCGAGCAUUUGGCUUAUGAGUAUGGUAAGAGAGGAGCUCGUUUGGCAUUGGCGGCCAGAAGAGAGGACCGUCUUAGAGGAGUGGCGGAUAAAGCUCGACGGUUAGGGUCUCCUGAUGCCAUUGUGAUCCUAGCUGAUGUUUCAAAGGCUGAAGACUGCAACCGACUUGUUAAUGACACUGUGAAUCACUUUGGUCAAUUGGACCAUUUGGUGAACAAUGCCGGGGUAACAAAGAUUGGAUUAUUUGAAGACUGUAAUGAGUUCUCUCAUCUGAAAUCGAUCAUGGACACUAAUUUCUGGGGGUCGGUGUAUUGUACCAAAUUUGCAGUUCCAUACUUGAGAAAAAGCAAAGGCAAGAUUGUCGUGAUGUCAUCAUCUGCAACAUGGUUUUCUAUACCAAGGUUGAGUUUCUACAAUGCAAGCAAGGCAGCCCAGACGUGCUUCUUUGAGACCCUGAGGGCUGAAUUAGGUUCUGAUUUGGGGAUUACGAUUGUGAGUCCUGGAGUGGUCCGAUCUGAAAUGACAGAAACCCCUGAAUUUCAAUCUCAAGUUUGCUCAGAAAUGAUACCAAGUCAGUCAACACAAGUGUGUGCGACGGCAAUCGUGGACAGUGCUUGCCGUGGAGACAUGAACUUGACGGACCCGCCGUGGAUUCGGGUCGCAUUUUGGCUUAGGGUUUUCUGUCCUCAGCUACUCGAGAGCAUUACCCAUUCGAACUCGAUCAAAAGGCCAAGGACUACCUCCAACAAAGAAAAUUAG